AUGGUGUUCCUCUAUGCGGUGGUCAAUGACAUCUAUGAGGAAGGCUAUUCACGCCAGGGGAAAGACAUCGCUGCGGUGAAGUUCACAUCAGAUCGUGCUGCUCUCCCUCCAGGCGUUGGUGCCGUCAACUCGUACGGGUUCGGAAGAAACCGCACGGUGGCGCAGAUGCAGCAGAUCGACCCAACUGCGCUGGACUACGGCACCGCCGCUCUGGCCGCCGACCACCUGCGCCUGCGGAUGCCGGUGUCGGGCGGGCCGUUCGCCGUCCCGCUGACCUUCGGUCCCGCAGGAGGCAUUGGGCCUGGCGCGGGCGCUGGGCUAGCCGCCGCAGGCGCCGGGGCCCCCGCGGCCGUGGUGAUCCCGCCCGCUGGCUCGCACCUCCGCGGGGCCGCCAGCUUGAUGCUGCUGGCUGACGGGACGUGGGUGGCCGUCCGCUCGAUCUCCGAGCCCGCGCAGACCUACGCUGGGAGGGGGGCCUCUUCCGACGCCAGGCUGAUGUGGAGCAUCGUCACGAACCCAGCGGUUCUGAGCGGCAGGCUCUCGACGCAGUGGCGCGGUGCUGUGGCCUACUUCACAGAGGAGUCGUUCGUGGACUGGCACUUCCCUGGCCCCCACAUGUGCUUCUGGAGCUGUCAGUUCAUAGACCGACGCCAGGGCGGUCCGUUCGACCGCCUCAGGUUCUGGAGGCUCGGCCCUGGGCUGUCGACCGGGGACUACGGAGGCGGCGCCUACGAGGCAUAUAUGCGGGCCAUCUACACCCUCUCCUACUGGGGCGGCCUCGACGUGCCGAACCCGCCGGAUGGAGAUCAGAUGUUCAGACGUGCUAGACGUAUGAGUACGUGCACGACGUUGAUCGAGAUCCUCACCUCAGCGCGCCCCCUGUCGGAGACGGAGGCGACGAUGGGGUGCGACAAGAAGAAGGGCCGCGCCAACUCGAUGGAAGGCGAGAUCGUUCGGGCCCUCAGCGAGCUGUACCUUGGCCAGCCCUGGCACCCGGUCAGCCAUCCUCAGUCCUUCACUGCGGGCCAGCGGCAGGCCCUGGACAACGUUCGAGACGCAGCCCGACGGUUCGGCGCGCCCCUGGAGGGAUUGACUGGCUCAGGAGCCCUUGCGGAGUUCCGAGUUCUCAGCGACUACGCUGGCGAGAGCGCCACAGUCGCCCCGCUCGACUUUGAUAAUAUCAAUAGCCUCUCGCUUCCAGACGAGGGUUUCAUGCCCUCUGAGGAUCGCGCUCGGAUCGAGUCUGAGGGCCCCCGGAAGCUCUACGCCGACCCGGCGCUGAGGAACCCCAAGCUGCAUGUCCAGCUGCUGCCGGCCCUCGAGCGCGUCGCCUUAGCGUCGGGUGCGACCUUCGCCGGCCUCCACGUGGACGGGGGCAAGCCCAUCGCGGUGGCGGAGGUCGACCUGGCGGACGCGUUCUACACGAUGCUGCUGCCCCCGAACCUCUGGAUCUGCCAGACGAUGCUGGAGGGGGUGGCUCUGAAGGUGCCCCAGCUUUCCUUCGCGAACCGCUUCGUGGACCGCCGACCUGUGCCGCUGGUGUCCGAGGGUGCGAUUCACGCCGAUUGCGUGGACAAUGCGAUCAGCCUCUCUACGGACUUGGAGACGGCGGUCGCCGCGGCGUCGGCCGUGGACUCGAACCUUCGUGCAGCGGGUCUCCCUACCCACGGAGUCGAGAGCAGCUUUGGCGCCGUGGCACUAGGCUGGUUCGACGAGAAGUUCCCGAUCGUCGGCCUGAUCCCAGCGCUCCGCUGGAAGUUGCGGCUGGCCUUCCUGGAGCUGUGUCGAAGGGGGUAUGCCUCGGGCAAGACGAUCUCGCGCGUGGUGUCCCAUUUCUUCUCGCGGGGUCUGGUUCGCCGAGAGCUUUUGGCCGCUCUCAACUCGCUGUGCGCCUUUUCUGCCCAGUAUGGAGGCCGAACGGCGCGGCUGUGGCCCUCUUGCCUCCGCGAGCUUCGCUGGUGCGCCAGCCUCGUCGUGUUCUGUUUCAGGAACGCUGGCGCCCCGUUUGACAGCACGCUCACGAUGGUUGAUUCAUCGCGGUGGGGAGUUGGAGUCACUCAGAAAAAGUCCUCUGCCCCAGUCGCUCGCGAGCUCUCCAAGUACAAUGAGAGAUGGAGAUUCAGUACUCAUGAGGAGUCCGAGAUGUCGCAUCGGCCCCACGCCUUCAAGUCAGCGACCUCCGCCGACCCCUUCACCCCAGAGUCGGUCUUCACCGUCGACUGCUCCGGGAGACCGAAGGCCCCGAUCAAGGGGCCCCUGGAGGUGCCCGUAGAAGAGCCCGUCGAGGAGUCCGUGACGAAGGGGGUGCACAUGGAGGAGGAGAUGGUCAAUAACAUCGAGGAGGAGGAGGAGUUCCCCGAAAUUCCAUACGACGUCUGGGCGAAAGGCUGGGUCCCCGUGGUGUCUCAUCGCUGGAGUCGUUCAGAGCAUCAGGUUGUCUUGGAGGCCCGCGGUAUGGUCGUGGCCUUUCGUCAUGUUCUUCGACGUGUCUCAUCAUUCAACCGAUGCCAUCUCUGCUUGGGCGACUGUUUGGGAGCCAUCCUGGCCGCCACCAAGGGGCGUUCGUCGCGGCGGGAGAUGGGCCGCGCGUGCCGGCAGCUGGCGUCCCUUUCGCUGGCUAGCGGCGCUGCAUUCUUCUGGCGCUGGGUCCCCUCGGAGAGGAACUCGGCCGACCGCGCCUCCAAGAACCUGCCGGGCGUGGGCUACGCGGCCGCGGCGGCCGACUCCUGCUGCCUCGGCGCUGCCGCUGGCGGCCCCAGCCCUGCGAGCGGGCACGGAGGGCCGGCUGGCGAGAGCUGCAGUUUUUUGACAUACAUGGACCCCCCCCAGUGGUAGGAUGAUACAGCUUUUACUGGCAUCUGCAGCGGCAGCGCCGUGCUGAAAAGGAUCGGCCCCUUAUCCGUGGUGCUGCAGACGAGAGCGAGAGCUGCAUCUGGGCAACGAGGCCGCAGGCCGUCCUCCCUCCGUGCCUCCAGGGGGGACGCCCGGCCCGGCCCGCGGGUGCGCACGGUGGUUCAAAAUUGCGGAGGUUUUACG